GUGUGUGUGAGAGCGCGGGGUGCGUGCGCGCGCGGGGCCUGCCCAUUUUCCUCCUCGCAGCAGUCAGUUGGGAGCUAGAGGAAGGGAGAGGGAGACACAGUCUGAGAGAAGCAGGAGCGGAGCCGAACGCCCUGCCCUCCCUGCGUCCGCGCACAGCCGCCGGCGCCAGGAGCUGCAAGGUGCCUUCGGGCCGGCGAGGGGCAGCGCUCACGCCUGCUAGGGGGACGCACCUGCAGGCGGCACGGACGGGGAUGCCCAGCGGCUGCUGCCGUCUAGCACGCUAGCAGGACGCGGUGAGGGCACCAUGGCGCUGACGCCCGGGCGUGGGUCCUCGGCAGGGCUGGUUCGGCCGGAGCUCUGGCUGCUGCUGUGGGCAGCCGCGUGGCGCCUGGGAGCCAUGGCGUGCCCCGCCCUCUGCACCUGCACGGGCACCACGGUGGACUGCCACGGCACGGGGCUGCAGGCAGUCCCUAAGAACAUCCCGAGGAGCACUGAGCGCCUGGAACUCAAUGGCAACAACAUCACUCGGAUCCAUAAGAAUGACUUUGCUGGGCUGAAGCAGAUUCGGGUGCUGCAGCUGAUGGAGAACCAGAUCAGAGCUGUGGAGCGAGGGGCUUUUGAUGACAUGAAGGAGCUGGAGCGACUACGACUAAAUCGGAACCAGCUGCACAUGUUGCCAGAACUGCUGUUCCAGAACAACCAGGCUCUGUCCAGACUGGACCUGAGCGAGAACGCCCUGCAGGCUAUUCCCAGGAAGGCUUUUCGAGGAGCCACAGACCUCAAAAACCUACAGCUGGACAAGAACCAGAUUAGCUGCAUCGAGGAAGGGGCUUUCCGAGCCCUGCGUGGGCUAGAGGUGCUGACCCUGAACAACAACAACAUCACCAUGAUUCCUGUGUCCAGCUUCAAUCACAUGCCCAAGCUUCGGACCUUCCGCCUGCACUCCAACCACCUGUUCUGCGACUGCCACCUGGCCUGGCUGUCUCAGUGGCUGAGGCAGCGGCCGACAAUCGGGCUCUUCACCCAGUGCUCAGGCCCCGCCAGCCUGCGUGGCCUCAAUGUGGCUGAGGUCCAGAAGAGUGAGUUCAGCUGCUCAGGCCAGGGCGAGGCAGGGCACGUGCCUGCCUGCACCCUUUCCUUGGGUUCCUGCCCGGCCAUGUGCGCCUGCAGCAAUGGCAUUGUGGAUUGCCGCGGCAAAGGCCUUACCGCCAUCCCUGCCAACCUGCCUGAGACCAUGACAGAGAUCCGCUUGGAGCUCAAUGGAAUCAAGUCCAUCCCUCCAGGAGCCUUCUCUCCCUACAGAAAGCUGCGCAGGAUAGACCUGAGCAACAAUCAGAUCGCCGAGAUCGCGCCUGAUGCCUUCCAGGGCCUCCGCUCCUUGAAUUCACUGGUCCUCUAUGGGAACAAGAUCACAGACCUCCCUCGCGGUGUGUUUGGAGGCCUGUACACUCUACAGCUUCUGCUCCUGAAUGCCAACAAGAUCAACUGCAUCAGGCCUGAUGCCUUCCAGGACUUACAGAACCUCUCACUACUCUCCCUGUAUGACAACAAGAUCCAGAGUCUUGCCAAGGGCACCUUCACAUCCCUGAGGGCCAUCCAAACACUGCAUCUGGCCCAGAACCCUUUCAUCUGUGAUUGUAACCUCAAGUGGCUGGCGGACUUCCUGCGCACUAAUCCCAUAGAGACAAGUGGGGCCCGCUGUGCCAGCCCCCGGCGCCUCACCAACAAGCGCAUUGGGCAGAUCAAGAGCAAGAAGUUCCGGUGCUCAGCCAAAGAGCAGUACUUCAUUCCAGGCACAGAGGAUUACCAGCUGAACAGCGAGUGCAGCAUCGAUGUUGCCUGUCCUCACAAGUGCCGCUGUGAGGCCAGUGUGGUGGAGUGCUCCAGCCUGAGGCUCUCCAAGAUCCCUGAGCGCAUCCCACAGUCCACAGCAGAGCUACGAUUGAACAACAAUGAAAUCUCCCUCCUGGAGGCCACUGGGAUGUUUAAAAAACUUACACAUCUGAAGAAAAUCAACCUGAGCAACAACAAGGUGUCAGAAAUCGAAGAUGGCACGUUUGAGGGAGCGGCCUCUGUGAGUGAGCUGCACCUGACUGCAAACCAGCUGGAGUCCAUCCGGAGUGGCAUGUUCCGGGGUCUGGACGGCUUGCGGACCCUGAUGCUUAGAAACAACCGAAUCAGCUGCAUCCACAAUGACAGCUUCACGGGCCUGCGAAAUGUCCGACUCCUCUCACUGUACGACAAUCACAUCACCACCAUCUCCCCUGGAGCCUUUGACACCCUGCAGGCUCUCUCCACGCUAAACCUCCUGGCCAACCCAUUCAACUGUAACUGCCAGCUGGCCUGGCUGGGCGAUUGGCUGAGGAAGAGGAAGAUUGUGACUGGAAACCCUCGUUGCCAGAACCCAGACUUCUUGCGGCAGAUCCCUCUGCAGGAUGUGGCCUUUCCUGACUUCAGGUGUGAGGAAGGCCAGGAGGAAGGGGGCUGCCUGCCCCGCCCACAGUGCCCCCAGGAGUGUGCCUGCCUGGACACCGUGGUCAGAUGCAGCAACAAGCACCUGCGGGCUCUGCCCAAGGGCAUCCCCAAAAAUGUCACAGAGCUCUACUUGGAUGGCAACCAGUUCACACUGGUGCCGGGUCAACUCUCCACCUUCAAGUACUUGCAACUUGUGGACCUCAGUAACAACAAGAUCAGUUCCUUAAGCAAUUCCUCCUUCACCAAUAUGAGCCAGCUGACCACUCUUAUCCUCAGCUACAACGCCCUCCAGUGCAUCCCUCCUCUGGCCUUCCAGGGGCUCCGCUCCCUGCGCCUGCUGUCCCUCCAUGGCAAUGAUGUCUCCACCCUCCAAGAGGGCAUCUUCGCAGAUGUGACCUCACUGUCUCACCUGGCUAUUGGUGCCAAUCCUCUGUACUGUGACUGUCACCUCCGCUGGCUAUCCAAUUGGGUGAAAACUGGCUACAAGGAGCCAGGCAUUGCCCGCUGCACUGGGCCUCCUGACAUGGAGGGCAAGCUGCUGCUCACCACACCUGCCAAGAAGUUUGAAUGCCAAGGUCCCCCCACUCUGGCUGUCCAGACCAAGUGUGACCCCUGCUUGUCCAGCCCAUGCCAAAAUCAGGGUACCUGCCACAACGACCCCCUUGAGGUGUAUAGGUGUGCCUGCCCCAGUGGCUAUAAGGGCCGACACUGUGAGGUAUCCCUGGACAGCUGUUCCAGCAGCUCCUGUGGAAAUGGGGGGACCUGCCAAGCUAAGGAGGGCGAGGAUGCCAGCUUCACGUGCUCCUGUCCCAUCGGCUUUGAAGGACCAACCUGUGGGGUGAACACGGAUGACUGUGUGGAGCAUGCUUGUGCCAAUGGGGGCACCUGCGUGGAUGGUGUGGGCAACUACACCUGCCAGUGCCCCCUACAGUAUGUGGGAAGGGCCUGUGAGCAGCUGGUGGACUUUUGCUCCCUGGAUCUGAACCCGUGCCAGCAUAAGGCCCAGUGUGUGGGUACUCCAGACGGGCCCAGGUGUGAAUGCGCACCAGGUUACACAGGUGACAACUGCAGUGUGAACCAAGAUGAUUGCAGUGGUCAUCGCUGCCAGAACGGAGCCCAGUGUGUGGACGCAGUCAACAGCUACACUUGCCUCUGUGCCAAGGGCUACAGUGGACAGCUCUGUGAGAUCCCUCCCCGCUCACCUGCCCCCAGGAACCCCUGUGAGGGGACUGAGUGCCAGAAUGGGGCCAACUGUGUGGACCAGGGCAGCCAGCCUGUGUGCCAGUGCCUCCCAGGCUUCGGUGGUCCUGAGUGUGAGAAGUUGCUCAGCGUCAACUUUGUGGAUCGAGACACUUACCUGCAGUUCACUGACCUGCAGAAUUGGCCACGGGCCAACAUCACACUACAGGUCUCCACGGCAGAGGACAAUGGGAUUCUGCUGUACAAUGGGGACAAUGACCAUAUCGCAGUUGAGCUGUACCAGGGCCAUGUGCGUGUCAGCUAUGACCCAGGCAGCUUCCCCAGUUCUGCCAUCUACAGUGCUGAGAUGAUCAAUGAUGGACAGUUCCACACUGUUGAACUGGUCACCUUUGACCAGAUGGUGAACCUCUCUAUUGAUGGCGGCAGUCCCAUGACCAUGGACAACUUCGGCAAACACUACACACUCAACAGUGAGGCGCCCCUCUAUGUGGGAGGGAUGCCAGUGGAUGUUAACUCAGCUGCCUUCCGGCUGUGGCAGAUCCUUAAUGGUACCAGCUUCCACGGUUGCAUCCGAAACCUGUAUAUAAACAAUGAACUACAAGACUUCACCAAGACGCAGAUGAAACCGGGCGUGGUGCCGGGGUGUGAACCCUGCCGCAAACUCUAUUGCCUGCAUGGCAUCUGUCAGCCCAAUGCCACCCCAGGGCCCAUGUGCCACUGUGAGGCUGGCUGGGGGGGCCUGCACUGCGACCAGCCAGCUGAUGGCCCCUGCCAUGGCCACAAGUGUGUCCAUGGGAAAUGUGUGCCCCUCGAUGCCCUGUCCUACAGCUGCCAGUGCCAGGAGGGUUACUCAGGGGCCUUAUGCAACCAGGCUGGGGCAGUGGUAGAGCCCUGUGGGGACCUGCAAUGCCUGCAUGGCCACUGCCAGGCUUCGGCCACCAAGGGGGCACACUGCGUAUGUGACCCCGGCUUUUCAGGCGAGCUAUGUGAGCAAGAGUCCGAGUGCCGGGGGGACCCUGUCCGGGAUUUUCACCGGGUCCAGAGGGGCUAUGCCAUCUGCCAAACCACGCGCCCGCUAUCGUGGGUGGAGUGUCGGGGCACGUGCCCAGGCCAGGGCUGCUGCCUAGGCCUGCGGCUGAAGCGGAGGAAGCUUACCUUCGAGUGCAGCGACGGGACCUCUUUUGCCGAGGAGGUGGAGAAGCCCACCAAAUGUGGUUGUGCCCUCUGUGUGUAGGUAGCAUGAACAAGGCAGCACCACAGGCAGGGCAGCCGAGUCAGCAGCUGGUUGUGGGCAUCACUGAAGCAGUGCCUGGGCUAUAGUGGGCAUGGGGUCUAGCAGCAUCGCAGCCCAGCAGAGGGGCAGGUUGGAGCUAUGGCUGCCCUCUCUGGAAGUGCCUUGCACAAAUAGGCACUCAAUAAAUAGUUGUUGAAUGAAUGUGUGCGUGAGGUCAGGCCAUAUAAGGGCAGAAUGGUGCCACCCUCUGUAUCUGCUACAUGGGUCUGGAGAAGGGGGCUGACCCCUUUCCAAAGCAGUCUUCCUCUUACCCUGUGGCCCAGGCCCCCAGAAUCCCCUGGCCCCUCUGCUUCCCCAGGGAGCUGGGCAACAGCCCCCUGCCUGCAAGUGAAAGGACUGACUCCUCCUUCAGUAGACCAGUCUCACUCUUUCCACUGUUUGAGAAGGAGGCUGGGAGUAUUGUGGUUUUUACGACCAGGCCCCAGAAUCCUAAAGUGUAGGAUAACCACUGUAGUUCUAGAAGGGGGCUCUGGUGGAGGAAAUAGUCACUAGGGGUACUGGGGGUGGCAGAUCCCACCAAAGAGAGCAGAGGGUUAUUGGUCCUAGCUGAAUAAACAUUGGCCCAGAAGGGGAUCCUGGACCUGGGAUUCCCCAGCCACCAGCUUGCCACAAGCUCCCAUGAGCUGCUGGCAAAGGGACAGGGUACGGGGUCUCCUCUAUUGAGGCUGGAGCUGAGCUCCUUGCAUUGUAGGCCAGGAUAGAGCAACUGGGGGGCCCUGUCAACUCUUACUCUGGGUGAACUUCUUCCUGCUCUCAACUGGAUUUCCUCAGCCAUAAAAUGAGGAGGUGGGCUGGUGAAAGGAACCAUGUAGACUAUCCAGCUCUGGCCUCAGAAGGGAGGCCCAAGGAGUCAGAAGAUCCAUUUCUGUAGGUUACAUCAGCAUUUUUGUGGCUACCCCAGGGAUGGGUAUUGUUGAGUGUUCGGCCUCCAUGGCAGAUGUGAACUGGUCCUCAAGCACUAUAGGAGCAACCAAGAUGCCUGGGAAGAGUGCAGCCCAAUGGGGCUCCAGCCACAGAGAUACUGGCCCAGUGUUCGGCACCCUUGUGUUUGAAAUGAAAGCUGUGUUUGAGGAGCCACUGGCUACAUGAUCAUCUGACAGAAGUAUCUCUUCUACAUAUUUGAAAUAUAGAAAGAUGGGUUUUGAACCUAACUGUGAGUUGCUGAAGGAGGGACCUUCUGGUCACACUCUUCUUUCCCAGAUGUAUCCCAAGUGGUUAUAGCCCUGGAAGAGUCUCAGUGUGCAAAGGAGAUGAUUGUGUUCCUUUCCUAGAUCCCUCCAUCUGGGGAUUUGAGUAUGGGGGUUGGAGUGGCCUUAUGCCUGUGUUCCCGCCCAUAUAGGCAUUGAGGUGAGCCCUUUGUGCUGAUUAGUAGAGGGUGUGAGCCUCCUGCAGGGUCAUGGGAACUUGGGGUGAGAAGGCCCUUCUCUGCAGAGAAGUGUCCUUAUAGCUAGAUUCAUCCCUCCCCAGGGAACCAGACUCUAUUUUCUUGUAGGUCCUGCAUCUCCCAAGUGGACAGCACCUGGGGUCUCUUGGGGACUCUCCAAGGGCCAUUCAGUGUCUCCUUUUUACUCCAAGUUUCUGGGACCCUAGAGGACAGUAGAACCAGGAGGCAUAGGACAAAAAAGUGCUAGAGAAGAUGGAGUGCCCCUUCCUGGAAACAAAGUGUUCUGGACUCACCAGCCUAGAGGAAAUUAGCUUCCCUGGCCACCACUAUUUCCCAGUGCCCAAAGAAGCCAAUUCCCAGACUCAAAAGGUACUGCUGGAAGGAGGCCUCUUCACCCUAUAAAAGUACCUUGUGAUCCCACAGCUGCACUCCAGGCCCUUCCAAACUGAUCUUUCAGUGUCAGGAUUGGAAUCUACCACAAGCAUGAGGGCAGCAAGGGGCCUAAGACAGUCAUGCAUCCCAGGAUCAACUUUUCCUCUGAUUUAGCCACCAACCUGCAAGUUGUGACGGGCCUGGGUCAUCACUCCCAUUACCUGUUCAUACUCAGCUCAAGUCCAGGGAGAAGA